CCUUUUAACCUGUGAACCUGUGGUGGAUGUACGGAAGAGCGCCUCUAGCUCAGCUUCGGCAAUGCGUUGGAGGCACGCAUGCUCGCGUUGGCCAUACGUUUAAACCCCAAGAUUACGUGCUUCUACUGCACCCACUGCAGCUGUAACUUGCUUUCGCGCUAGGAAGCUCAGUCUUUACCUGAUCUAACAGCAUAGAGCAGGCAUAUUAUACUCUUUGUUGUGGUGUUAAUAAACUAAUCAUUCAGGGCCUGUGGGUGAAGGUAGCGCCGCCGAGCGUACAACCCGAUUCCACCGCGCCAGGGCGCCUAGCCAAGUAUGGCGAACACUAGAUACCAAGCAGUGGUCCUGGCAGGCGGCGAGGAUCAAAUCCUGUAUCCGCUCACCACCAACACCGUCAAGGCGCUGCUGCCGGUAGCCAACAAGCCGCUCAUCUCCUACCCUCUCCGGACACUAGCUGAGGCGGGCCUGCGGAGCGCUAUCGUGGUGGUCACCGGCGAGCGCGCCGCCGCCAGCGUUCGCGAGUGGCUCGCCUCGCCCGACUACGCCGCCUGCUCCCCGCCAGGCGCCCCACUCGCCUGCGAGGUGGUGUCCGUGGCGGAGGGGUACGGCACCGCGGACGCGCUGCGUGCGGUGUCGGGUCGCAUCACCUCGCCCUCCUUCGUGGUGCUCAGCGGCGACCUGCUGACCGACGUGCCGGUGGGGGCGCUGGUGGCGCAGCACAACCUGCAUGCGGCCAUGGUGACCAUGCUGCUGGCGCAGAGGAAGGUGUCGCCGGCCUCGGAGACCAAGCCGGGGAAGCCGCCAAAGAACGUGGACUACGUGGGUCUGGACCCCACCCGCCAGCACCUGCUCUUCUACGCAUCCAGCCCGGAUGCGCUGCGGGACCUCAAGGUUCCACUACCCACUGUACGGCGGUACGGCACCAUGACCGUUAGCUCCAACUUCUUCGAUGCACACCUGUACGUGUUCAACAGGUCCGUGUUGCAGGUGCUGGCUGACAACCCCAAGCUCUCCUCGCUGCGCCAGGACAUGCUGCCCUACCUCACGCAGCACCAGUUCCGCAUCCGAAGCAGCCGCGAGCAGCAGCAGCAGCAGCAGCUGGCGGCGGCACAGCGCUCGCCCUCGGCCUCGCUGGCAGCGGCGGUGGCGGGAGCGGGGGCGGAGGAGGCAGACGGCUCCUCCGAGCACGUGUUCAGCCUGGUGCCGGAGCUGCCCGGCGGCCACUACGCGGGCAUGUCGCACGGCCCCGCGCCCCGCGCCCCGCCCGACAGCCUGCUGCGGGUGCAGCUGGUGGGGCCGCAGGAGGCGUACUGCGCGCGGGUGCAGGACGUGCAGGCGUACGGCGAGGUAAACCGCGAGGUGGCCGACCCAGGGGUCGCUCUGAAGCUGGCGGGUCUGCGCCCGGGUCGCUGCGACAACAUCGUGCCGGCCUCGGUGACGCUGGGCAACAAGGCGACUGUGGGCGCGGCGUGCAUCCUGGGGGAGGGGUGCGCGGUGGGGGACAAGAGCUCCAUCAAGCGAUCCGUGCUGGGGCAGGGGUGCAAGCUGGGUCUCAACGUCAAGGUGAUCAACUCGGUGCUGAUGGACGGCGUGACGCUGGGCGACGGAGCGCACGUGCAGAACAGCGUGCUGUGCCGGGGGGCGGCGGUGCAGGCGGGGGCCACCCUCAAGGACUGCCAGGUGGGUGCUGGCUACACGGUGGCGGGCGGAGUGGAGUACAAGGGGGAGAUGUUGGCGGCCAGCAAGGGGGCGCCGCGGUGACUGCUGCUGCAAGGGGGCCGCAACUGCUGCUGCUGCGGGGGAGGAGGCGAGGGAGAGGAGGAGGAGGAGGCGUUGUUGUUGGGGGGUGGAGCAGCGGGGCAGCAGGCGGUCAAUUUCUGGGGCAAAGGCAUGACCCAUGGGUCAGGACUUGGUUGCCAGCGUGUUUUAAGGCGUG